AUGAAUACCUUGCUAGUUUUGGGUCUUUUUGCCUUGAUUGGGGCAGCUUCUGCAGCUGACAGAAUCACAACGGAAAAAAUAGCCAAGGAACAAGGUUAUUCAUUUGAAAAUUAUACCAUUCAAACCGAAGAUGGUUAUCUCUUAGGAGUAGAAAGAAUUCCCUGCUCCAAAUCGAAUGAUGGAAAAGCAUGUCCAAUUGUUGUUCUAGCGCAUGGUUUGUCUGGUUCAUCUGUUGACUUUGUCAUACUCCGUAAUGAAUCCUUGGGUUUAAAUCUCUCCGAUCUUGGUUUCGAUGUAUGGUUCCUCAACUUCCGUGGUAACUUUAACUCUCGCAAACAUGUCAAACUUAACCCGGAUGUCCUUGUUGGAAAAUUCUGGGACUUUUCAUUCCCCGAAUUGGGUACCAAAGAUCUUCCAGCCGUAAUUGAUUUCAUUCGCAAUGAAACUGGACAAGAUGAAAUCCAAUUCAUUGGCAACUCUCAAGCAGCAGCAGCUUUAUUUGUCUUGUGUAUUGAAAAAGAAGAAUAUCAAAAAUACAUUAAGUCUGCACAUUUGAUGUCACCGGUAGUAUAUGUUAACAAAUUAGACAGUGUAACCCUUAAAGUUGGAAGUAAGGCUAUAGCGCUAAUACAGCCAUUACCAUCUCUUGCUGCAAAUACUGAAUUUAGACCAAAUGGAACGAUCACAAAAUUAGUUGGUAAUGCAUUUUGUAAUGAUGAACCUCGUAUAUUGUGUUCGGAUAUACUUUUCGUAUUAGCUGGAUUUAAUAAUAUCACCGUAGAACCUUCUAUUUUAGGCGAUGUACUUGGCACAACUCCGGCUGGUCUUUCAACCAAGUGUUUGUUGCACUAUUUCCAAUUACAUGAUAGCAAAAAAUUCUGCCAAUACGAUUAUGGUUUGGUAGGAAACUUAAGAAGAUACAAUAGCAGAAAUCCACCAGAAUAUGAUCUUAGCAAGAUCAAUAUACCUGUGUUUUUGUAUUCCCCCGAAUUCGGUAAAAUUAUUCAUACAGAGGAUGAUGAGAGAAUGGCUAAAGAACUUCCAAAUGUGAAACGAGUAUAUAACAUGAAGAACAACUCUACACUCCUGUCUCCAAUAUAUUCACCAUUUGCCAAAAGCGAUCUGUAUGAUAUUCUUUUGGAAGAUGUUACGUCAGUUGAGUGA